GGAAAAAAAAAGAGAAAAAUCCUGAUUUGUUUGUUCAUAUAUACAGAAAUCUGAAGAACUCGUCCCCAUUUUUCAUCUCCAGUUCAAUUCCGCCUCCCAGAUCUCCCACUCAGUAAUGACGACAUCGCGGCGUCUUGCGGAUCGGAAGGUGGAGAGGUUCGAGAAGAACAUUUUGAAGAGAGGGGCCGUGCCCGAGACUACUACAAAGAAGGGAAAGGACUAUCCUGUUGGUCCUCUUCUUCUUGGAUUCUUCGUCUUUGUCGUCAUUGGAUCAUCACUUUUUCAGAUAAUCCGGACGGCAACAGGUGGAGGAAUGGCAUGAUGAGAGGCAUCUUCAGUUCUGAGUGGGGUAGCAGAAGAGGCAGGACAUGAGGUUAGGCUAGAACUUGAUGAGUUAUUUGUUCUGUGUCUGUGCUACCCUGUAGGAGAAGUUUGUUAGUGUAGAGGGUAAAGAAGAGCAUGGCCAUUUAUGGUCAUCUUGUGAAGUACUUAUUAAGAAAGUAAGCUAAAUAAAAUAACAGUGCGUUCACACACAAGUGCUAUGCUAUCAUCCUAUACUCUAAUUCGUCCAUUGUUGUUCU